AGUUUUGUAUCACUAAUGUUUUAAUUAUAUUUCGUUAUUAAAUGCCUUCGGUUAACCAUCAUUGUCGCAACGACGAAUCGCGUUUAAUUACGUCAACGCAUACAAGCCAAUUCCACGCGCAUAUUGUUCGAAACAAAACGACGAAUAUACGAGGGCGAAUUUAUGCACCCGCGAAGCUCGGCAAAGGGGAGGAAGCUCUAUCUCGAACUCGUAUUACGUUACACGUCCACGUUACAAGAUAAAAAGACUCUACGUAAUAUGACGUAAAAGACCAACGACCGAAGCGGUGUCCUCAAACCCGUCCCUUCAGUCAACGAUCAGACGUUCAAGAUCAUGCAGCGCCGCUUUUCCGCUUUCGGCUGAGAGGCAAAUAUCGCUUAAUCGCAGAGUAUCGUGUUUAUCGCGACAAAGGUCGUAAUUAAAGGUGCAUGUGCGACGAUCGCAGCAACAGUUCACCGUUGUCAUAAUUACUAGCUACCAGUGAAGGUAAAGUGGAUAAUCAGCGACGAGCAUCGCGGCUGAUCGAUCGAUUUUUCCACCCGUUAAUCGAUCGGUUAUCCACUGGUUCAUCGCUCCGGUUUUUGAUCGUUCGGUAGUAUGCGACGACGCGGUCCUAUUGAUUUUCGCGAUGCUCUUACCUGUAGUCGGGACGAUUCUUCGCGAUACACUCCUGCUUCCCUGACACUUCUCGGGAGAAAAAACCGCGCUAAGGCGACUCGUGUUUCAUUCUCGACUCUUGAUCCACGAUAUUCUGUCUUACAUAACCGCGAACCAGACAUUGUACGACGUGUACCUCCAUAAUAGAUGUUUUUCCUUUUUUCAAUUAUUUAAUGUACCGAUUAUGGUACGACUAAAAUUAAUUGUAAAAUGAUCGAGUCAAGCUACCACGAAAGAUGUACCCUUUGUCCGUCAUUAAAUGUAUUAAAUGAUAAAAAUGCACCUUUGUAUCUGGUUCCACCCUACUGUCGAGGAGCGUCUUAGUCAAGAAUAGACCGGAAGUUUCAUACGAUUCAGCUUGGUUUUCCGCGGUAAACCGAAUCGAGUCACAGAACUCGGUCAGAGCGACGACGACGACGACAUCCUCUGGGCGUUAUCCAGGGCAGUUGUGUCGGCGGUCGUCGACACGCUUCGACGGCCAUUUCUUUCGUGGUUUCUUUUCGUAGCCAGUGAGGUUUUGUCGUGCACCAUGUACGGAGGCAGACGCGUCACAGAGAGGACCUCCCUCACAAGACCCUUGGAUUCUCCGGAUUAUGUGGAAUUCGCGAGCCUCUUGAGGACCAGAAAGGCCCGCAUCAGGCAAUUUCAAUGCUGCAUCUGCGCUACUCUCAUAGCGAUCUUCACGAUGACCCUGAUAGUGGCAGUCAGCUACUCGGUCAGCCACAACAUCCUAGACGCGAACCUCACAGCUCCAUCUUCACCAAUCUCAUCUAACCUCACCGGUUCCUUGAAGUUAAGCUUCGCACCAGGAUCCGGUUCGUACACGCUCUACAGCAGUCCAGCGAUCGCUCCAGCUUCGAAUUCGAUUCCCGUCCUCGACGGGAGCGCGGAAACCUCUCCGCCAGCGAAGUUGACCGAGGAGGAGUACAACCAGGCGAUAGAAGCCGGUCACCAAGCGAUGAAAGAUCGUCUGUUCGCCGACGCCGUCGCCGCGACAUCGCCCUUACUCUCUCCGUCACCGGAAUCUAGGCACCGUUACGCCGUGAACACGUGCGCGAGCGUCAAGGCUCUAUCUUUGGCAGCCGUGGCCGAACUAGCGGCUACCAAGAAGAUCGAAAGCUCCAGGGCCAUGUUGGCGGCGCCGACCGCCAUCGGAAGCUUUUUCGACGGAGGCUGGUGGUCUCUGGGCGUCUGCAAGCAACUGAAAACUCCAACUUGCCUCCCGAGCAAGUACAGAACGUUCGACGGAAGCUGUAAUCGACGGGUGCAAUGGGGAGUCUCGAUGACGCCUUUCAGAAGAGCCCUGCCACCCAGCUACGCGGACGGUGUCGAUGCACCGCGUAGGGCGCUCUCAGGAGCAGAGCUGCCCUCCGCCAGAGAGGUCAGUCUGAAGGUGCACAAGCCGUCACCCAGCACCAAUCCACAUUUCACGGUGAUGCUGGCCGUGUACGGGCAGUUCCUGGAUCACGACAUCACCGCCACGGCGAUCAGUCAGGGCAUCAACGGCACCUCCAUCUCCUGUUGUCCACCGGCUGUUGGGCAUCCGGAAUGCUUCCCAGUUCCGGUGGCUGCCGGCGAUCCCGUGUUCGACGUCACCGGCAGGACCUGCAUGGACUUCGUGAGAUCCGCACCUGCGCCCCAGUGCAAGCUCGGGCCCAGGCAACAGCUGAAUCAGGUGACCGCGUUCAUCGACGGAUCCACCGUCUACGGAUCAGACGUUGACACAGCGAGGGGCCUGCGAGAAUUCUCGGGCGGCCGUUUGAGGAUGCAGACAACGCCUGACAACAGAACUCUGUUGCCAGCAAGCACGAACCCCAACGACGGCUGCAACCGAGAAAUCGAGCGACAAAGAGGUAGAUACUGCUUUGCAGCAGGUGACGCCAGAGCCAACGAGAACUUGCACCUGACGACGAUGCAUUUGCUCUGGGCGAGACAGCACAAUCAAAUCGCUGACCAAUUAGCCAAGAUAAACCCAAGCUGGGACGACGACACGCUGUACGAGGAGUCCCGACGUAUAGUUGGUGCCCAGAUGCAACACAUCACCUACCAGGAAUUUCUGCCCAUCGUAUUGGGCGAACAGGAGAUAAAUUUGCGCGAUCUUAGACCUCUGAAAUCCGGAUACAGACAGUGGACGGACGAUCCGGAAGAUGCGAGCACGGAUCCGUCCAUAGCCAACAACUUUGCAUCUGCAGCGUUCAGAUUCGCUCACACGUUGUUACCUGGGCUGAUGAAGAUGACGGACGCCCAGGAAGGCAGCUCGUCCUACGUGGAGCUUCACAGGAUGCUGUUUAAUCCCUACAGUCUGUACACCGAAGGUGGAGUGAAAAGUUCGGUGAUGUCAGCCACUCAGAAUGUGAUUCAGAUGACGUCCACGCACGUCACUUCUCAGUUGACCAAUCACCUGUUCGAGGAUCCGUUCGCUAACGUUAGUCUGCCUUGCGGAUUGGACUUGGUGUCCUUGAACAUUCAGCGUGGCAGAGAUCACGGUCUCCCGGGAUACACCAGAUGGAGAGAAUAUUGUGGAUUAGGAAAGACCGAAAGCUUCUCGGAUCUUGAAGGACACUUCGAUCCCGAAGCUCUUCACGAGAUAUCCUUACUGUACGAGUCCGUUCACGAUGUGGACCUGUACACGGGUGCUCUGGCCGAGCUACCUAAAUCUGGCGGCAUCGUUGGACCCGUAUUUUCUUGCCUCAUCGCGGAUCAGUUCGUACGCUUGCAGAAAGGCGACCGAUUCUGGUACGAGGUUGCCAAUCAACCUCAUUCAUUCACGGAAGAACAACUUAGGGAGCUCCGUAAAACGUCUCUGGCGAAGGUGAUCUGCGACUGUUCCGACGGAGUGACUCAAACUCAAGCGGAAGUGAUGCGCGCAAUCGGACCAGGAAACCCCAUGAUGUCCUGCGAGGACAUCCCUGCGCCAUCUUUCGCGCCGUGGAAGCAAGAUAAACCUCCGAUGUUACAAGCUUCCUUCGUGCCGGUAAAUUGGACCGCCUUGAAGACCAACAUUAACGACACGAUUAAAGACGUGAUGACCUUCAUCAACGACACCAGAGCAUCCGCCGCUCUCGACACGGAUUGGUUGGCGUUUAAGAGUUACAUAAACAGCUCGUUCUCCGAUAUCAGGAGUCGCUUGUCCGACUUGCAUCCUCCAAAAGCGAACAAAUCUAUCGUUGGACCGGUAGAGAAGGCUAUAGAUUGUGACAAUUUGUUGCUUCGAGCAGCAGGUCCAAUGGACGUGUAUCAGGAUUGGAUUACUUUCAAAAACGACCUGCUGAAGUCUCUGAACGACUCCAUAGGGACUAUGAAAGGAGGUCCUGCUUCUGUUACCAAGUGGAUCAAUUUCAAACAGAGCAUCAUCGAUCAGUUUGCUGAUUUAAAGAACCAGAUCGCGUCCAUGAAGGGGGAUCCAACUUUGUCCAUGAACAACGAGACAUUAGAUUUGAAAACCUCGAUUCCUGCAAUUUUUGACUGGAAGAACUACAAGGAUGACAUCAUAUCGUCUCUGGACGAUACAAUUAUGGACAUAGGCAGUAACAUGCCGCCUCCCGGAGAUCCAGCAUGGGCAGCUUAUGGAAACGACAUCAAGGAUCGCUUUUCAGCCCUUCACGAUAAAAUAGAUAAUCAGAGACCCACUGCACCCACCGAACUGGCAACCGGAGAACCACCCCUGUCUGAUUGGCUGACUUACAAGUCUGAGAUCAUUAAAACAGUGAACGACGCCGUGCAGAAGAUCAAGGACGACAUGCCUCCGCCGGGUGACCCAGCAUGGGCGACCUACAGGGACGAGAUCAUGAAGAGUUUCUCAGCGUUUAAGACCACUCCGUCGCCGUUGGAACUUGCGACGUCCGGAUCCUAUAACUUGAUUCCUUCCUGUGGAAAACUGAAAGCUUCUCCGAAAUCGUACAACAACGUAGAGAUGUCUGCUUUGAACAGCGACUGGGCAGACUUCCGUAGCAGCAUCAAUGACUCUUUGACUCGAAUGGUACAGGAUAUCCAGAAGAAAAAACCAACGACGAUUGAUCCCGUGGCUUGGGCAGCGUUUAAACAAUCCACCGCGAACGAUUUCGCGAUGCUGAAGACGGAGAUUGAUAAUAUGAAAGCGGAAUGGUUGAAGGAAACAGGUAAAUCGGAAGAAACACCUACUCUUCGGGCUGCUGGAGGCACUGGUAAAUUCGAUUAUACCAAGUUUAUCAAACCCGCUAUACCUUCGGACGAAUGGGUCUCUUUCAAGCAGCAGAUCAACGAUACCGUGAUGAAUAUUUUGAACGCUGCAAACGCUACAGACAAGAUCGACUUUGACGAGCUUCAUGAAAUGUUCAACAAAUCCUUCGCCGACCUGAAGACUCAGAUAGCCUCCCUGAAGGACCUGAUCGCGACGAGCAAGCCUGUUUGGAAUAACACCGCGACAGAUUGGAUCGCUUUCCAAACACAGCUGAAUUCUACGAUUCAAGACCUUGUGGAUAACUUGAAGAAAGAAGACGGUAUUACGAAUGAGAAUUCGUUGAAAACUCUGUUCGAAGCCAGAGACAAAUUGUCUGAUCUCGAAGCACCUACGAACGUGCCUGUUUCACCGAUGGAAUGGAUGCAGUACGCUUCCAACACCAGCAAGACUAUCACGGAUACUCUGAAGAGCUUGAAGAUCAGGGCAGCAGACUCUGCUCAGUCGUCUUCGGAUUCUCCCAAGACGUUCAAAGAUUGGCUAAUGGUUCCUUGUCUAGCUAGCUCGUUCUAUGUUUUGAUAUUGUGGCGUUGAAUUCACGGCGGGUCGCGAGAGCUGCGAAGUUACAUUUUUUUACCACAAUUGUUGUAUAUAUUCAAAUAUUUAUAGAAUGAACUUUUAUAUUCUCUCGGUGUCCCCGUAAGUUAGGACACUGUGUUAUUUUUUGAGAUACGAAGACACGGAAAAUUCAGAUGAAACGUACAAUGGCGAGCACAGUUGGUUUUCAUAGCGGAAAUGGCGAUUUAGGAGGAGACUCGUAUCAAGGGAAACCUUGAAUCAACUCGAAUGGGAUCUCGGAAGAGCGAGACACCGCCUUUUCCGCUAGAAAUCCUACCAUGCCACCGUACAUAAAAACAAAUUUUGUCUCUUACAUUAUUACUUUAAUAAUAAGUAUUGUGUCUGUGAACAUCCUACUAAUCGUAAGGUUUAAGAGGAUCAAGAAAAAUAAGAGUGAUACUAUUGUUCCUUUUUCUAAACUUAUAUACAAAUUAUUAACUCGAACUAAUAAUAAAAAACCAUCGACAAGA